AUGGGCCUUGCCGUCGUACGUUAUCUUCAAGGCAAAGAGACAUACUCGACUAGGCUGGUUCACGAUCUUCUACAUGACUGGAGAAUCAAUAUCAGCGAUAAUGGAUGGACGACAGAUAAGAUUGGAUUAGAAUGGCUUGGAAUCCAUUUUAUCCCUCUUCCUAAUGGCCGUACGAUGGUAGGGACCGGAGUUUCUCCCUCAUGGUUCUCACCUGAACCGGAUAUUGCCACUCUCAAUGUCAUGUUAUUCUGCAAAGAAAAAUUGGUGACAGGUAACAAGUUAAGACAUUGCGAUGUCCGGCCCACAAAGUAUCAAGAUGAUCUGCUGACCAUCGGGCCUCAGCAAAACGACCACGGUCCAUUUCUAGCUUCGGUCCCAACUCUGAUUAACGAUGUUCGGAUAUGCCAGUUACAAAAAAUUCUUGGCGAAGCAUGGGGACCAAUCCUGGGGCAUGGGCACGGGUCAUCCCGAACUUCAUUACUCGAGCCACACUCCGGCAAACAUUCUCAAAUGCCGUUGAUCACCGAUUAUCAUACAGCAAGCAAUGAUUUCAAAAUACCGUUGUUCACCGAUUGUCAUCCAGGUGCAGGAUUCAGCAGUCAGACUCAGGAAUUCAGAAGAUUCGUCACAAUGAAGACUUCAGUCUACGCUGGUCUUGCCCUUGCUGCUCUCGCGGCGCCAGCCUUUGCCUACGAUAUCCCGGAUAACGUCCAAGCUUUCUACGACAAAGUGAAAAAUGGCGGAUCUUGCACUGGCAAGGACCUGCUCAAAGGUGGCUUUUACGCCGUGGAAGACGGAUCCAAAAACUUUGGAUAUUGUCAAAAGUAUUUCACCGGCAAGGGCUUGUAUCUAAAAGGUCCUGGGUCCCAGCUUGCCGAUAUGGACAUUGAUUGCGAUGGCAGUCAAAAGGGUAUUGACCACCGCUGCAAAUCGUCCGACGAUACACAAGACGAGACUGCAUUUAAGGACCAAGUCUCGAAAUACGGUAUCUCCGACCUCAGGGCCGAUAUUCACCCAUACGUUGUGCUGGGCAACUAUGGAGAUUACAGCCCGACAUUCGACCCUGAACAACAUGGUAUCAAACCACUUAGUUUGGUGGCGGUUGUUUGCAACAACAAGCUCAUUUACGGCAUCUGGGGUGAUACCAACGGUGAUGACGGUCCACCAUUGGUUGGAGAAAGCUCACUCGCCGUGGGCACGGCUUGUUUCGGUCAAAGCAUGAACGGAAAUAACGGCCAUGACGGCACUGAUGUAUUGUACAUCGCUUUCUCGGGAGACCAGGCUGUUCCUGGCUCCUCGGCUGACUGGAAGGCAUCUUCCUAUGCGGAUUUCGCGGCCAGUAUCAAGGACUUGGGUGAUCAAUUGGUUGCCCAGCUUUAA